GCCGCUGCUGCACCAACCACACAUGAUCACCAGUAAAAAUAAAAGUGAUCAGUAGUGUUGAUCAGAGGAGAGUCCAGCUGCAGAGGAAAGCUGUCUAACAGACCGAGCCUCCUGCAGGAUCAUGGCAUCGGCAGACACUAACCUGGGAGGGUCAGAGGAGUCCACGAGGACAUCGGGGUCCAUGACGAGGUCUGGGGCGUCCACCAGGAGGCCGUCGGGCCCCGUGGACUCCUGGGAGUCGGACCUGACGUCCAUCCAGCACGCGCUGACGUUUGUGCUGACCCUGAAGGAGGAGUUUGUCUGUCCCGUCUGCAGAGGAGUCGUUCUGAACCCUCAGCAGAACUCCUGUGGACACAUCUUCUGCUACCGCUGUCUGCAGACACUGCUGGAGUCCUCAUCACCGUCCAACCCAGUUUGUCCAGUAGAGGGAGCUGUGAUCACACCUGCUGAGGUUUUCCAGGAUAACUGCUGCAAACGAGAAAUCUCCUGUUUAGAAGUGUACUGCACCAACUACCCAGAAUGCACCUCUGUUGUCACAUUACAGCACCUGAAGGAUCACCUGAGCUCAUGUCAGUAUGAGCUGCUGCAGUGCACUAAUCUGGGCUGCAGGGCAGUGCUACAGAGGAGGCACCUGCAGGACCACCUGACCAACGGCUGUUCACACCGUAUGGAGCCACGCCCACUCUGUCUCAGCCAGGAUCCCAUGCAGAGCUCCUGUCCUCAGACUGAUGUGGACUGUCCUAAUGGCUGCUCACAGAAAGUUCCCAGACACAAGCUGUCGGAGCACAGCCAGGCGUGCCCAGACGUUUUCAUCGACUGUUCCUAUCGGAGGUUCGGCUGCCCGGUGCAGGAUAAGAGAGCGAGAGUAAAACUGCACGAAGAUGCUGCUGUCAGUCACCACAUGCUGCUGGUCCUGAGGAGUAACACACACCUGGAGCAACAGGUGGAGCUUCUCCAGGAGGAGGCGCUGUUGAGGAAGCAGGAGCUCCAGACUGACAGUCUCCACCUGGCUGGUCUGCAGAAGAAAGUCAGACUGCUGCUGCAGCAGACGAGCAACCACGAACACGUCUUCUCUGCAGCUCAGAGGACUGUCAGCAGGCAGGAGGGCGUCCUGUCCACCACACAGCUCGACAUUCAGCAAACUACUCGAGGACUGGGUUCUGGUUUAGAGGAUCUCGAGCAGCUGAGGAAGUCUCUAGAUGCUGUGAUCAAGGAAAUUUCAGCAGCUGAGGCUUUUAAAAAACAUCUAGAAACUUUAGAGGAGGAUCUGAGGCGUCAGUCCAGUCUCCUGGAGGUCCACAGCGCUCAGCUCAGUCACAACCACCAGCACCUACAGGAGCUCGCGGCCACGUCCUACGACGGCAAACUGAUCUGGAAGAUUGUGGACUUCAGGAAGAGGCGGGAAGCCGAAGCCAAAGGUCAAUCACCCUGCCUGACCAGCUCACCGUUCCACACUGGACGCUGUGGCUACAAAAUGGCUGCCAAAGUCUACCUGAACGGGGACGGUGAGGGUCGAGGGUCUCAUCUGUCUCUGUAUGUGGUCCUGAUGCCGGGAGACUUCGACGCUCUGCUGCCGUGGCCUUUCAAACAGAACGUUUCUCUGUCUGUACUCGAUAUAAGUGGAGCUGGAAACCACCGCAUCCUCAGCUUCAGACCCGACCCCACGUCUAAAAGCUUCCAGCGGCCCGCCGCCGAUUCUUUCAGCAACGUGGCGAGUGGGUUCUCAUGCUUCAUCCCCCUCAACAAGCUGGAGAAUCCCCAAAACGCUUUGUACGUGGACGAUGACACGCUCUUCGUCAAAGUGAAGGUGGACAUGACAGGUUUAGAGACGCUCUAGCAAAGAACAGAGAACUUUUAAUUCAAGACACAUCUUUUAGAUAACAUUAGCAGGCUUCCUAUGUUUCUACCUCUGUGUGAAAACUUCCACUGAUCAGACGAGGCAGUCUGCUCACAUUAAAGGUGUGUAAAGGUGUUCUGUCUUUACUGAUAAGACAGUCUACAUUAUCAUUUAUUUUUGCAUAAAGAUGAUGGUCUCAUGUCUUGUAAUCCUCAUCGGGGGAGAAAAGUUCCG